GCCAGGUUAUGUGACUGUCAUAUUGAUUUUAGUAAACAAACAUUGCGGAAAAUUUUGGUUUUCACUCGGAAAUAGGCGUCCAACAAUGAAUUCUGCGACAAAGGUCGGUGAGAUUUUCACGGCUGCAGGUUCGGCGUUCAACCGACUGGGCGAACUGACGAUGCAACUUCCCACUGCAGAUUGUCCGGCGGGAAGCAAAUGGACAGAUGAAGAAAUAGAAAUGCUCAGAUCGGCUAUAACGCACUUUAGUGAGGACUUAAAUAAGAUUAGUCUACGCAUUAAAAAUCGCACGGUGUCGCAAAUUCGUCAGACGCUGAAGAAGAAGGCGUUCGAAGAGGCCGGAAUCCCCGUGAUUCCGGUGCAGCAGCAGCCUGCACAGCAAAUGCCUGCGCAGCAGGUGAUUGUUAAGGCUGAGGAGCAGCCGGGACUCAUGGGCAAGUCUGCCGAAGUCAUGAUGACGCUCAACAGGCUGAACACACAGGAAACCGAGGUGGAUGUGGAGGAGCUGGCGACACACGUGAAGCUCGAGUUUGAAUCUGGUCAUGAAGAAGUGGCAGGAUGAAAUGAAAAUAACGAGUAUCUCUUCUAAAA